AUGCCUGGCAUCAUUCCGUUCGACGGCGCUGGAUCGAAGCCUGCAUUCCCUUGGGAGCUCGUCCCUGCCAGACGGCAAGAGUCAGCAGUGGCCGCCGAAGGCUCGACUGCAGCUCCUCUUGGUCCGAGGAUAUCUUCUGCUCCGUCAAGCUCGAAGCCCUUGUCCGGGAUCCGACUCGAGGUGCGGCCCACUGCCAACGGCAGCACAGCAUCGACGCCCAAGCGCAAGCCGAGGGCCCAAUCGGCCUCGCCCGCGCCUGCAAACGAUAGCCCGAUCACGAAGACGGGCAUGGUGACCAGCCCGCAUCAGCAGCCAGCGAAAGAACAAUGCUGGGGUAUCAAGCAGGAUGGGAAUCGAUGCACGCGCCGGGUCAAGAGGAUCAACGGUGUGAGUUCCACGGCGCGUAACAAGGGUGCAGGCAAGGACAAGGGACGCGUCACGUCGACGUCGACUCCAGUCACGGACGGAAGCAGCAACCGUCGUCAGGAUCGCGCGCCUAUCGUCAUCGGCGAUGACAGCGACGACGAGCAUCUCCGGACAAGCGCGUCCGCCAGGAAUCGCAAAGGAAGAGCGGCUGUCUCGCCAGCCGUGGAUGAUGAAGGCGUCCUCUCCUCGGACGACGAGGCCUACUGCUUCCAACACGUUGCCGAGAUUAACAAGAGCAGCGGUAUCUACGUGCCAUCCAGAGGCGCGUCCGCCGAGGUGCAGGUGUACGUGGCGUUUGCCGAGUAUCUCGACGCCGGGCGUCUCUCGGACCACGUCCAGGCGCUGCUGCGCAAGGCCAUGGCCGAGCCCAGUUCCGCCGCCGACCUCGAGGAGCGGGGCUACCUGUACAUCUACGAGCUGCGCGACCGCUCCGAUGCCGAUCGCGUGUGCCUCAAGGUCGGGCGUGCUGUCAACGUCUUUCGGCGGAUCAACCAGUGGCGCUCGCAGUGCCAGAGCAAGGACCCGGUGCUACGCGCCUUUUUCCCGUCGUCCCAGGGGCAGGGCCUCCUCUCUGGAGCCGACGCGCCCGACAGCCCGGGCAUCCUGCUCAGCCACAAGUGGGAGCGGCUGGUCCACCUCGAGCUCCGCGAGGUCGGCGAAAAGGUCGAGGAGGCAUGCCAGGACUGCGGAUCGAGGCACCGCGAGAUCUUCAUGCUGCCGCGCCGCGCCGACCCCUGCGGCGGCUUCGAGCUGGCCAAGGCCAUCGUCGAGAGGUGGAUGCGCUUCGUUGUCGCCGUCAACGGCGGCCCAGUCUAG